UCUUGGUAUAAUUAGAACCUUCCAUGCAGACAAUGACGUUCUGGCACAUCUCGUACCAGUAGAUUACGUUUGUAAUUGUAUUUUAGCUGCUACGUGGAAAACUGCAAAAGAGAAAAAAACUAACAUUACAGUUUUUAAUUACAUCGGGAUUAAAAGGAAGCAGCUGUGCUGGAGAGAGUUUUAUUACAUCAUGAAUUCGUGGUACUGGAGGAUACCCUGCGAGAAAUUAAUUUGGUACAGGUACUUCAAAGUGAGGGGAAAGCUGUGUAACAAAAUUUACACGUUUUUUUUGCACACGGUUCCAGCAUACCUUAUUGAUGCUGUUCUCUAUUGUACAGGAAAACCAACCAAUGCUGUCAAAGCCUACGCAAAAAUCGAUAAAGUUCUCAUGCUUAUAUCGUAUUUUUCUACCCAGAAUUUUGAUUUUGAUGAAGAUAACGUACAAGAUUUGUGGACGGGGAUGAGCGAAGACGACAAAACGUUGUUCAAUUUCUCAAUGGAAGAUUUACAGUGGAAAAAGUAUCUCGAUAUGUGUGCUCUAGGAUUCAGGAAGUACAUUUUAAAGGAACCACCUGUCGUCAGUACAAAAACAUAUGUAAAAUUAUUCACUGUUACGAUAGCUCAUUAUUUAGUUGUUGCAAUGUUCUACUAUUUAUUUUUUGGGGCUAUAUUACGUUAG